GUUGCACAACAUUAUUAAUCACUUUCACGUACUUACUCGGCAAUUACUGCGACACCAAGAAAUACCACGUCAUAGCGAUAUUUAAUUAAGAAAAGGUAAGAAUAAAGGGUUAAUCUCACAAUAAUGGCUGAGACCGUGUUGGACAUUAAUGAAAUAAUUACAAAUCUGUAUCUUGGGAGUUGGAGUGCAGCAAAAGAUAUAAUUCGGUUAAAAGCGAAAGGAAUCACACACAUAUUGACGGUGAACAACUCGCCUCUUCCUAAAUCAGUCAGUGAGCAGUUCAAGUACAAGUUCAUUCAUGGGUUUGACCUGGAGUUCACAGACCUACUGAACUACUUUGAAGAAUGUAUUAAGUUUAUAGAUGAAGGGAUCAGAUAUGGGUCUGUUUUGGUUCACUGCUUGGCAGGCUGUUCUAGAAGUGCUACUGUUGUUAUUGCAUACCUAAUGAAAAAGAAAGAGAUGUGUUUUGCUGAAGCUUUGGGAUUUGUCCGGAAAAGCAGAUCAAUAGUUCAUCCAAAUGAAGGUUUUAAAGAUCAACUUCUCCUAUAUGAAGAAAUGGAGAAUAAGAUUGACACAACCAAUGAAAGAUUUAGACGAUAUCGACUGAAAAAACUGGCAUUGAAAAUUCACAGCUAUGAUUUAGAUGAAACCUUUAGUCCAGAGGAGCUGACAGCCAAUCCAUCAGACACAGAUAGUAAGAUGGAUACAGUUUACAAAUGCAGGAAAUGCCGGCAGGCUCUGUUUAAACAGUCAGGAUUAAUUACACAUUGUGUUGGUGAGGGAGAAGCUGCCUUUGAUUGGAGAAGUAGAAUCCCAGCUAGUCAAAAAGAGAAUGUUGACCGAGGGGAAAGCUUGACUACCUGUAGACAGUCUCUAUUUAUCGAACCAGUUCGAUGGAUGGCAAACUUCAUAUCUGAACCUCUGGGCAAGUUAUCUUGUCCAAAAUGUAACUCUAAGAUUGGAUCUUUUGUAUGGCAUGGAGAGAAGUGCCCCUGUGGAGCAUGGGUGGCCCCAGCCUUUCAUAUUCGUACUAACAAAGUAGACGAAAGUAAACCACUUGUUUUGCUGGCAAAGUGAGACUAUUACAAAAAUGAUGUGUUUUUCUGGACAUUGUAGAAAAAAUCCUCAAUUGACAAGGGCAAGCCUUUUGAUGCAUUAACCAAAUUCACUCAGCAAAAUGUGAAACAAAAACAGUAAAGAUACAUUGUAAAAUGCAUGACUUGAAUAUGCCAACCUUUGAUGGACAUGAUGAUUCAAAAUUCAGUCCUUUAAAGAGGUUUGAGAGGACCAACAAUCAGUGGUACUAGACUGUUAAAAUUUUGAAAUGGACACUGCAGGUAUUUCCAAAUCCAGUGUCUGUAUACCUGUAUUUAAGUAUGCUUGGUACUUAAAAGAAUUCAUUCAUCACAUGAUUGUUUUAUUCAGUGAGUCUACCAUUACCUCAUUUACAAUGUAAUAACCCCAUUGUGACAUUCGUCAAGGUUUAGAUAUUGAAAUAAUGUCAUACAUUUGCAGAGUACAUUGUGGUGUCACCACGGAGACCAUAGAUAUACAGUCAAGAGGACUUAAUGUAUGAUGUACAAAAAUCUGUUUUCUUCAAUAAUUGCCAAAAUUAUUGAUCGUGUGAUAAAUAGGAUCUUUGUAUGUUUCCGAUGUGAUUGAUGAAAAUUGUCUCAUAAGUUUUCUUUUUAGCUCACCUUAUAUAAUAUUUAUUUAUAUACAGGCUAUAGGAUUGGGACUUUGUUCAACAUCUGCAUGUUCUUAUGCAAUAUAAUCUUACCUUUCUUCAAUGUUAUUUAAGGAACUGUUUUCUUAGUCUGUAUGUAAGUGUAGUAAUUCAUCAGAGUAAGUUAUACCCUGUUUGUUACAAGUUCAGUAGUAGGUGAGAAACCAUACAGCUUUGGUGUGUAUACAUAAUGUAUAAAUUAGUGCAAUGUCUACUCACACUUUAUGUCAUUAAUAAACAGUCUCCCAAAGUGAUCAACUCAUAUUGAACAAUGUUGUUAAAUAAACUGCCAUUUUUCUUGAA